UCUCUCUCUCCAGGACGGACUGCGGGGAGGAAGCCGGGGUGGAGGCUGCGGAGGGCCCUCUGGACUCUGGCCGUGCCAGGGCGGCGGCCACAGGCGGAGGCGACGUGGAGCGGCCACGUGGAGCCGCCCGGGGGAGGGCCGGCGUGGGGAGCCCAGGCGCGGGCGGCGCGCAGCCUCGGGUGACGACGAAGCCGGACCGAGUCGCCGCCGCAGUUCCAGUUACAAGAAGGAUGUUACCUUCGACGAUGAGCAUGUUCCUGCUGCUGCUGCUGCCCCUGGGUCAGGCUGCUCCCAAGGAUGGAACCAUGCGGCUGGACCCUGAAGUGCAGCAUCUGCCCUUGUCCAACCCCUUCCAGCCAGGCCCGGAGCAGCUUCGACUUUUGCAGAACUACCUAAAGGGACUAGAGAGGAUGGAAGAGGAGCCAGAGCACAUGAGCCGGGAGCAGGUUCUCCUCUACCUCUUUGCCCUCCAUGACUAUGACCAGAGUGGACAGCUGGAUGGCCUGGAGCUGCUGUCCAUGUUGACAGCAGCUCUGGCCCCUGGAGCUAUUGACUCUCCUACUACCAACCCAGUGAUCCUGGUAGUGGACAAGGUGCUCGAGACCCAGGACCUGGAUGGGGAUGGGCUCAUGACCCCUGCAGAGCUCAUCAACUUCCCAGGAGAGGCCCCGAGGCACGCAGAGCCCACAGGGCCCCUGGAGCCACAAGAUGUUGGGAGGCAGUCCCUGUUAGCUAAAAGCCCAUCAAGACAAGAAGCACAGGAAGCUUUGAGUCCCAGAGAAGAAGCUGGGGGACAGGUGGAGGCCAGAAGGGAGUCCUUGGAACCUGUACAGGAGGCUGGGGGACAGGCAGAAGCUGAAGGAGAAGCGCCAGGCCCUGGAGGAGAUGUUUGGGGACAGGUAGAGGCCAGAGACACUGGAGAGGGAGCAGAAGAGCUUCCAGGGCAAAUACUAGAGUCUAAGAACACCCCAAAUGAGUUUGAGGUUCAUGCUAUUCAACUGGAGAAUGAUGAGAUAUAAACCUUGAGGAUACAGAUCUGCACCCUUACAAGUCUCAGUGCCAGAACAUAAGCCCUGAAGCGUGGGGUGUGUAUGUUGGGACAAGGACCCCUCUGUGUCCCUUCCUGGCCCCUGUAGGUGGCAGGUCUUCUGUGCAGCUCAGGGAAACCCUAAAUUGAGGGGCAGCUUUAGCGUCCAGACAACCAAUAAAGAACUGAAUGAACUCAU